AUGUUACCGCAAGAAGGACGCACUCACGGCCGACAACUUCAUGAAGCGAUGUCUACAUUUCAAUCGUUUGCCAAUAUCAAAUCACAACCGAGAGUGCCGCUGAAAAAUCAGCAGUGCCAGUGUGUAUGGUUUUAUAAUGAUAGUAUUUCGAAAGACAUACGUGAUGAUUUACAGUUUAAUCUGAACGAAAUAUUUCUUCGUCUGCAGACUUCCACGGCAAGGGACGAAGUAACAGAGUUUCUAUGUCACACAAGUCUAAAAAAAAUUUUCUUUAUCAGUUCCGGCGAAGACGCUGAGAAUUUAUGUAGAUUUGUAACAGCACAACAGCGAUUCAAAGACAGUUACAUCUACGAAUUAAAGUUAGACAUUGAUGAUGUACCCAGUAAUGGCUCAGAAGGUUGGACAGUAUGCAGUAAUAUAGGUGAUUUAUGUAAAAAUGUUCACACGGAUUUAACGAAAGCACUCAAAAACAUGGAUCCUGGUUAUCAAGUACCGAGCGAUGCUGCUGAUACCAUACCUGAUCUGUUUCCUGCAUUUGAACUAUUUAAUUUAACUAAUAAACAAGUCUGGUGUCAGUUUUUAAACAAAAACUGUCUGAGAUUCGUUCUCUUUCGUUUAAUUUAUCAAAUUCUCUUUGAGAUGGAACAUGAUGCGUCCGCUCUGGACGAAAUGUGCAGUUACUUUCGGAACGAAUACAAGUCAAAUCCCAGCCAAUUAAAAUCGAUCGAUAAGUUCAAAGCAAACUACGAUGUCAGUCACACGGUGAAAUAUUACACCGAACAUCAAUUUCUCUAUUCUCUGAUCAACCAGGCACUUCGAUCUGAAGAUUUUAAUCGAAUUUUCACAUGCCGUUAUUACAUAUCUCAUCUGGACCAACGGUUGACUACAUAUGUGGAGAAUUCAAAUACUUCGUUGACGGAAAAGUUGGUUUUUCAUGGCAAAAAACUACCGACUGCUGUACUGCAGCAACUGAAUGAUAGCCGUGGGAGUUUAAUAUCCAUUAAUGGCUUCCUUUCGACGUCGAAAAGCUGUGUAGUCAGUGCGAAUUAUACUGGUGCAGAUACGGACAUUUCUGGAUAUGAAAGUGUUAUGUUUACGAUGACAAUUGACAGUACGACAAAGACAAAGAUGAAAUAUGCCGAUAUUACAAAUGAAAGUAAACAUCCACAGGAAAGAGAAAUUCUUUUUUCUGUUGGUUCUGUGUGGAAAAUUGAUGAGGUCAUAGAUGGUCUCGUUUGGGAAGUCAAACUUACCUUCUGCGAUCAGAUCGACAUUGAACUCGAAGAGAUCCACCAACGCCUGACGAAUGGUCCCACAUUUCUGUCACUAGGAAACGUGUUACGAGAACUGGGCGAUAAAAUCAAUGCUGAGAAUUAUUACUAUCGUAUGCUCGAUACACCCGAUCUUUCACGCGAAAUUCGUGGACAUACAUAUUAUAACAUUGGAACGUUAGCAGCUGAACAGGGUAGAUACCGUGAUGCGCUGAAAAGCUUUAGAUUAGCAGAAGAACUUAUUUCCAGUGAAUCAGAAAAAGAUGUGAAUUCGAAAACCCUGAAUGAUCUAAUAUACCAUCAUAAUAUACGACCCACGCGUUUACGUAUCUGGAACAGUUUAGGUUUAUUGCAUUACAAGAACGGUGAUUGUAGAAAUGCUCGUAGUUCGUUUGAACAAUCGUUAGAAGAACAUGGACAUCCACUGGAAAAAGCAAUAGUACAUAAUAACCUAGGUUUGCUUGAAUUCGACUAUGGAAAUUAUCGAAAAUCGUAUGAACAUCAUGAGAAAGCAUUCAAUCUUUCCAGAAAGUAUAUUUUUGUACUAGAAUUCCAUGAUAAUUGGAGUAGAGUUAACGAUCUUCUUUCUGAAACAACAGAACACGCCACAGUACUGCAACCCGUAGCUAAAUCUCGUUCAUCUACGUGUUCUGACGAGUUUUUAAUGACAAUGACAAUAGGUCAAAUUUUGUAUGACUCAGGAAAUAAAGAUUAG